AUGAUGUGCGAAGAAUGUGAAGAAGAGAAAGCAUGCAUGCUAAAACCAUCGAAUAGGAAAAAACUGUGCAAGAAAUGUUUCAUAGAAAUAUUCGAGGAUGAGGUACAUGAUACAAUUUUGAAAAAAAAAAUGUUUCAAGAUAUGGACAAAAUUUGCAUUGCUGUUUCAGGUGGAAAAGACUCCAGUGUUUUAGCACAUCUACUUGUUCAUAUAAAAAAAAAGUAUCAUUACAAAUGGGAUUUAUUUCUGCUAGCCAUCGAUGAAGGUAUUAAAGGAUAUCGUGAUGAUUCCCUAAAAAUAGUGUAUAAAUUACAAAAAAAAUAUAAUUUACCUCUGAAAGUUUUAAAAUUCGAAGAUAUAUUUACAUACACUAUGGAUACUGUUGUUCGCUUUAUCGGGAAAAAAAAUAAUUGCACCGUUUGUGGUGUUUUUAGGAGACAGGCAAUGGAAAAAGGUGCACUAUUAUUCAAUGCAACCAAACUAGUAACUGGCCACAAUGCAGACGAUUUAGCGGAAACCAUUCUUAUGAACAUGUGCAGAGGAGAUCUUGAAAAGCUAGCCAAAGGGAUUAACCAAAUUCCCAACAAUGGACAAGGUCAUACGCAAGGUGAACCCUUAUGUUGUUCAGGUGAAAACAGAAUGAUUGGAGAAAAAGCAGUAGUAGUAGGUACAGAUACAGAUACCACGAAGGGUGAUAACAACACUUGCUGUAGAAACAGAAAGGAAUCCAAAAAGGGUAUCAUCAUGGAUUGUGAUGAACCUAUAGAUGACCAUCCAUUUUUUAUACCCCGAUUAAAACCUCUGAUGUGGUCUUACGAAAAAGAAAUUGUUCUUUAUGCAUUUCAUUUGAAGUUGGAUUAUUUUAGCACAGAAUGUACCUAUUCCCCUAAUUCAUUUCGAGGAAAUUUAAGAAGUUUUAUUAAGGACAUUGAAAUGAUAAACCCGCAAUUUAUAUUAAAUAUAAUUCAUUCAGCUGAAUUUUUUUAUCAUAAUAGUAACAACAAGAAGAUACUUCAGGUUUGUGAAGAAUGUGGUGCCUAUACAUCUAACAAAGUAUGCAAGGCUUGCCUUAUCGUGAAAGGGUUACGUACUUACAAAGACAAUUCAUUUCUCUAUGCAAAUAAGAAGAAAAAGGAGAAGAAUAGAAUUCCCAUAAGGUACGACUAA